AUGUUAUUUGUUUUGAACCACAAUUCUGAAACACUUGCUGUUUUGAUAGUUGUAAUAGUGGAUGAAUUUUAUCUUGUGCCGUUGCGCAAUGAUGGUCCUAUAUACUGUCAGCAGGUUUUGGUACAAACUAAAGCUGAAGCGGAUAUGCGUCGAGAGAUCCGAAAAGAACAGAAGAGAGCGAAGAAGGAACUGAAUCGUAUCCAACAUGCUUUCGGAGACGAGGAGAAGCUGGAAUUGGAAUUGGCACAACGAGAAAUCCUUAGAAUGCGACAGCUGGAAAUGGAUCAAUUAAAAUGGACACCUUCAAUAAAAAGCGUGAGUCGUCCACGUGAAGUCUAUCCUUACGUUUUUGACGCUUGCGUUGAUACGGGAUCAGCUAUGAUUACAAUUAAUGGAAUGAAGUAUGCACUACCCGAAGGUUCUACCAGAGAAAGCUUCCGCACCCACGAGGAAGUUGAGGUCCCACCGAUAAAUCGUGGCUCGGUUGAAGAUGUACAACAUGUGUUUGUCAAGGAUAUGGACGAUCUUGGUCAGCUUGGAUUUCAAGGAUUUGAGAAACUUAAUGUUAUCCAAAGCAUUGUUUUUGAACAAGCAUACAAAACUAGGGAGAAUCUCUUGAUAUGUGCACCUACUGGAGCGGGUAAAACUAAUAUUGCAAUGUUAACAAUACUGAACACAAUACAUGCACAUCGAAUGUUGAACGGUGAAAUCGCGAAAGAUGACUUCAAGAUAAUCUAUAUUGCACCUAUGAAAGCUCUGGCUACUGAAAUGACUGAAAGUUUUGGAAAGAGGCUGGCACCUUUAGGCUUGAAAGUCCGUGAAUUGACUGGAGAUACAGUUCUGACGAAGAGAGAAGUUGCAGAGACGCAGAUGCUAGUCCUCACUCCUGAGAAAUGGGAUGUGGUUACGAGGAAAGGUGCAGCUGACAGUUCACUUACGUCAUUAGUGAGGUUGCUGAUUAUUGACGAGGUUCAUCUGCUACAUGAUGAUCGUGGUCCAGUUAUUGAAACUAUUGUGGCUAGGACAUUAAGACAGGUAGAAAUGUCACAAACUGGCAUUCGUAUUGUGGGUCUCUCAGCUACGUUACCGAAUUACGUAGAUGUUGCCCGAUUUUUGCGGGUGAAUUUGUACAAAGGCUUGUUUUACUUCGAUGGACGAUUCCGACCAGUUCCUCUAACUCAGAAGUUCAUCGGAAUUAAAAAAAUUGGAGGUGUGCGAGAUGUGCAAGAAACAAUGAAUGAAGUGUGCUACGAUGAAGUUCUCAAGUUUGUGAAAAAGGGUCACCAAGUGCUCGUCUUUGUCCAUGCUAGGAAUGCAACAGCUUCACUAGCUCAAGCUUUUCGUGAAAGAGCUGCGCAACUCGGUCAUCUAGAGUUGUUUCUCCCUCAGUCGGCUGGCACGAAAGGAUAUGUCAGUGCUGAAAAAUCGGUCCAAGCAUCCAGAAAUCACAGGCUGUUCGAAUUCUUCCGUUUUGGCCUCGGCGUUCAUCACGCUGGUCUUGUAAGACAUGAUAGACUGCUCAUGGAAAAGACUUUUCAUCAAGGGCACAUCAUGGUGCUAUUUUGCACAGCCACAUUGGCAUGGGGAGUGAAUUUGCCGGCUCAUGCUGUAGUCAUACGAGGCACCGAAGUUUUUGAUGCCGAGAAGGGACAGUUUGCCGACCUUGGUUUGUUGGACGUUCAACAAAUAUUUGGACGAGCAGGUCGCCCACAGUUUGAGAAUGAAGGGCAUGGUAUAAUUAUAACAACUCAAAAUAAGCUUGACAAGUAUCUGGGUAUGCUAAUAAGACAAGCACCGAUUGAAAGCCAAUUCUUCAAACGAAUCCACGACAACUUGAAUGCUGAGAUUGCACUAGGCACUGUUUCAAACGUGGAUGAGGGUGUUGAAUGGUUAACUUAUACGUACUACUACACCCGAGCGACUCUGAAUCCUAUAGCAUACGGUCUGCCGCACUCGAUACUGGACAAAGAUCCAGACUUGCGCCAUCAUUUAACUCGUAUGAUAACUGAUGUGGCUGUAAAAUUGGAUCAAAACCAAAUGAUUAGGUUUGACAGCGUAAAUGCCUUCGUACACGCUACAGAUCUUGGACGGAUAGCUUCGAAUUUCUAUAUAAAAUAUGAGACUAUCGAAAUGCUUAAUGAAAGUGGUCUUCCCGUUUCUUUGGGACCAUUCAUGCCAGAUGACAUGGUUCUUGCGUUAAUAUCGAUGGCGAAGGAGUUCAGUCAACUUAAGAUACGAGAAGAGGAAUGCCUUGAUCUUGAAGAACUAAUAAGCUGUGGUUGUGUUUUGCCACUUCGUGGUGGUGGAUUGGCAAGCGUUUCCGGAAAAGUUAAUGUACUUUUGCAGAGUCAUAUUUCCCGUGCUUUUGUCCGGAGCUUUUCACUUGCAUCGGAAUCGUUGUAUGUCCAACAAAAUGCUGGCCGACUUUGCCGAGCCAUGUUUGAAAUUGUGUUACGAAAAGGUUGGGCUCAAGCAGCGAAUGCCUUCCUAACAAUGUCAAAGUCUAUUGAAAAAAGAGUUUGGCCUAAUCAGAGUAGCUUAAGACAACUGGACGAAUUUCUACGCGUAGAUCUUAUUGAAAAAGUAGAAAGACGUAAACUGACAGAAUCCCAAUUGUUAGAUCUCUCUGCAAAGGAGCUUGGUUAUAUGUUCAGCUGCGAUGGUGAUAAGCUACAUCAAACAAUGAGAAUGUUGCCUCGAGUAGAGGUGGAUGCUGUUCUGAAGCCUAUCACUUACACCAUUGUACAAGUAUCAGCAAUACUCACACCUGCUUUCAUAUGGAAUGAUCGUCUUCUGGGAAAAAAUGGAGCCCAGUCAUUUUGGCUGACGUUGGAAAAUAUCGACGAGAAUUUUAUCGUGCAUCAAGAAAGAAUAGCUAUAAACAAGAAGAAGGUGCGAUCAAGAGAACCGCAGAAUUUAGUCUUCACGAUUCCAAUCCGAGAUCAUCAACUUACCAACGUGUUUCAACUACGAGUUGCUAGCGAAUAUUUUCUCGUUGAUGACACAGUGGUGGCACUCUCCAUGCAUAACUGUAUACUACCGAAGUCCUAUAAAGCUCACACAGAUCUUCUACCUCUUGACCCACUGCCGGUGAAAACAAUACGGAACGAGAAGUUUGAAUCCAUAUAUAAUUUUCCCUAUUUCAAUCCCAUUCAAACCCAGGUAUUUCACUGUUUAUAUCAAACUGACGAAAAUGUGCUUAUCGGAGCACCAACCGGAUCCGGAAAAACGCUUUGCGCUGAACUGGCCAUAUUUCGACUUUUGCAGAAGUACCCUGAGAAAAAGUGCGUCUACAUUGCUCCACUUAAAGCUCUUGUAAGAGAGCGUGUUAGUGACUGGCGUGAGAAAUUCGAGAAAAAAUUGGGUUACAAAGUUGUGGAAGUAUCCGGUGAUUAUACUCCAGACGUUGCUGUUCUUAAUGAGGCUCCUAUUAUUAUCACAACACCAGAAAAGUGGGACGGUAUUACAAGAAGCUGGGCCACCCGUGAAUAUGUUCGACAAGUGAACCUGAUCAUCAUCGAUGAAAUUCAUCUUUUAGGCGUUGACCGUGGUGCUGUUUUAGAAGCAAUUAUAACUAGAUUAAAACUACUCACAAAACGGUCAUAUGUUCGGGAAACGUGCGCUCGCCUACUUGGACUCUCCACCGCGUUAGCGAAUGCUGGCGAUGUAGCUGAAUGGCUAGGAAUUCGUGACGCUGGUCUUUUCAACUUCCGACCAUCUGUUCGUCCUGUUCCAGUUGAGGUACAUAUUCAAGGUUUUCCCGGACAGCACUACUGUCCGAGGAUGGCGCUCAUGAAUAAGCCAGCAUUUAAAGCUAUCAUCACAUAUUCUCCGAUUAAACCAGUACUCGUAUUUGUGGCAUCAAGAAGACAGACCAGGCUUACUGCGAUGGCGUUUAUCAGUCACCUAGUAACUGAAAGUGAUCCACGCCAAUGGCUUCAUAUAGAUAUGGCUGAGCUUGAAGUGCUGCUGCAGUCUGUUAAAGACGAGAAUUUGAAGCUCACACUUCCAUUUGGUAUAGGAAUGCAUCAUGCUGGACUGAGUCCUCACGAGAGGGCAUUAGUAGAACAGCUUUAUGUUGAGAAGAAAAUUCAAGUGCUGAUUGCGACAGCUACUCUCGCGUGGGGAAUCAACAUGCCGGCUCAUUUGGUUAUCGUGAAGGGAACGGAAUAUUAUGAUGGAAAGACUUGCAAAUAUAUAGAUUUUCCUGUCACUGAUGUUUUGCAAAUGAUGGGACGUGCUGGACGACCGCAAUUUGAUACAAGUGCUGUAGCAGUGAUAUAUGUGCAAGACAUAAAGAAGACGUUUUAUAAGAGAUUCUUAUACGAACCAUUCCCGGUAGAAUCUAGCCUUCUACCUGUUCUGGCUAAUCAUGUAAAUGCUGAAAUCAACGCGGGGACGAUCACAAGUAAGCAAGGAAUAAUGGAGUACCUGGCAGGAACGUACCUCUACAGGCGGUUGUUUGCAAAUCCUAAUUAUUAUGGCCUCGAAGACCUGACCGAGAAAUCGCUAAUUAAGUACCUUGUUGGAGUUGUUGAUCAGUGCGUCGCAGAUCUUUUGAGCUCGAAAUGCAUUAUUAUAGAUGAGGAGAUGGGAGAUCUGCGUGCUUCUCCAUUUGGACGAAUUGCUAGCAUAAAUUACCUUCGCCAUGAGACUAUGAAAUUUCUUACUGAAGAAUUGGGACCAGAAAAUUCUAUCGAAGAUCUCCUGAAAACGUUAUCGCACGUCCCAGAAUAUGGGGAGAUACCAGUUCGACACAACGAAGAUGUUGUAAAUACUCAACUUCAACGGAAGCUAAGAAUCAGAUUUGCUACAAGUGUCAUGGAUUCAUCUCAUACUAAAGCUCAUCUUCUCUUCCAGGCGCAUUUCUCUCGUACAGAAAUUCCCACCGAUUAUCGUACAGACUUGAAGAGUGUUCUGGAUCAGUGCGUACGAAUUCUUCAGGCGAUGCGUGAUGUAUGCCAACUGAAUGGGUGGUUAUCAACAGUGUUGCGGAUCACGAUUCUUCAGCAGAUGUGUUAUUCGGGACGAUGGCACGACGAUCAUCCACUUCUUUGUUUACCACACCUUAAAAACUACGAUGCUGAGAAUAUUGGUGACAGAGCUACUAUCCCGCUGCUGCAAAACCAGUUUGAUGUGGAAAAAGCGUCCGGAUCAGAUAUUGUCGAGAAAAGAGCAAAGAAUUUACUCCUCGAGAGUACAACUCUCGAAGAAAUGGAAAUCAAGGAGGUGGUCCGUGCUCUAUGCAGAUGGCCUAUCCUCUCUGUUGGAGGGUUGCAGUUGUGUAAAGGCACAGAAAAAUUCAGAAUAGAAGACGAAUGGCUUCAACUUCAACGUAACACUCAUUAUAAAUUGCAAUUCCACAUCAAUAUGUUAGGACCAAACAGGUUUAAUACCGAAGCCUUCCUCACCCAAUGGUCAAAAGAAAAAACAGCCAGUUGGAUUGUAAUCAUUGGAGAAAAAGAUAUUGAUCGACUGACAUCAAUCACUCAUGUAAGCGCAGUACAAGGAGACAGAUCUGUACGAAUAGAUUUUGUCACUCCUGAUAAAGGAGGACGUUGCUACAUAACCGUAUUUAUUAUGUCCGACUGUCAUCUAGGAAUCGACCAAGAACUGCAAAUUAAAGCGGAUUUAUCAUGA